GUGGAGUUUGAGAUCGAAGGAAAUCUGGAAUUCCUUUAAAUGAACUUUUCAUUCACUUCUUUUAUGCUUUUCAAAAUACUCUCUCAUUCAACAUUCACUAUCAUAUCCAGAAUAAUUGCAAGCUUCAAGAGUAAGAGGCAGGUCCCUCAGAGUCAAAUCGGGAAUCUUUAGCAAUUCAAGUCUUGUAAAAAAAAAACUAAAAACUAAAAAAUAUUUUAAACAUCUCUACUUUCAAUUCAAAUAUCAAUCUUUUCAAAUUUCUUUCUUGAUUGAUUUCAUUUUACUUUUUUCCAAAAAAAGUUUAAGACUGAUUUCUUCUUUUGUCUUGAUACGAACGAUACUCGAUCAAACGAGUUUUCGUUUUUGUUUGAUUGCAGAACUUUAUAAAGCUCGAUUUAAUUCACUUUAGCUUUCUUAGAUAACUUUAUCAAUUUGAAGAAUGUUAAAUCGAAUGAUGAUCAUUAAAGCUUUUGAAAGGUUUGAUGGUAGUUUCAAUUGGAUCACCAAUCAAUUCCUUAGACAUCCUAAUGAGAAUAGUACAGAGUUUAUUAUCUUAAAGUCUUACUUUCAAAUCUCAAGUUUGAUUGGAUUUUUAAUUUGUUUAAUCAAACUGUUUAACAAACGAUUUAAAUUCUUUAAAAGGUUCAUCAAAUCAAACCAUCAUCAAUAUAAUCUUUAUACUCAACUAAACCAAACUCAUCAUCAUUCGAUCAAUGCAUUCGGUUCUUCUUUUUCAAACCCAUCUCAAUUCGAUUCUCAAAGCUUUCUAGAUCUUUAUUUACAUCAAAAUCAAUCCAAGAUUCCAAUCGAUCAACUUUUACAAUUUCUUAAAUAUUUAGUUGAUGAUCAUAGAACUGCAUUAGGUUUAUGGGAUCGAAAUCCGAUUCUAGAGUAUCAUUUUUAUUAUGAUGAUGAAGGAACUGAAAAAGAUUUCAUCCGGAAUUCAAUUGAUCCUUCCUCUGAUUUUCCUCUUGGUACACUCGAUUCAUCAUCCGAAAAGCUAUCUCGAGAUCGAUAUGUUGCUAUGAAACCAUUGUUAAAUGAUUUAUUAGAAGCCGCUACUCAAACUACUACACAUCGAAUCAUGUUAAUAUCAACAGAAGAUCGAGACGUAAUACAAUAUGGCAUCAGAUUAUUACAAUCACUACCAAAUCCACCAUUAAUUUGUUAUGUGAAACCGAUCGGUUCGAAUCUCUCACUCGAACUGACGAUUGCAGCAGAUAUAGUAUUUGAAUGGUCAGAAGGACAUUUCGAAUUAGUCACCAGAGAUCAUGGAUCGAUAGAUGAAGUUAAAGAUCAUGAUGCGUUUUGGAAUCAUACCACAACAAAAGAUGUCAAGGAUUUAAAGAUCUUUAGACCUUUACUUUUACUCUUUAGAGCUCAUGGUCCAAUCGAAUUCAUUCAAAUUAAGUUGAAAGAUUUAAAAGCUUUACUUGAUAGACAUGAAUUCGGUUCGAAUCUACUGGCUGGUUUAACUUUUCGUCAAUAUCUUCAAUUGGCUUUUUCAAAAGGAUUGAUUGGAAUUCAAAACUCUAAUUUGAGAUAUGAUUCGGUUUCAGCUUUAGAUGAUGAUGAAGUUUUCAACAAUGGUUCUACUCUUAUUCAUCUUCAAUCUCCAAUAAAAAAGCUCUUUUAUCAAGAAUCUUCCUCAGAUGCGUUUCUUACACAACCACAAGAUGAUCGAUUCGGCUCAUCAAUCUCCAAUGAAAACCUAGAGAAGGAAGUCAUAAAAGAGAUGGAAUUUGAAUUAGUUCAGAUGGAUAUAAAUGCAGGAGAUGAAUCUAUGAUGACCAUGACAAGUGAUAGUGAACCGGUGACUACUUCACAUCGUUCGAGUUAUACGAAUCUAGAGAUCACAGAACCCAUUCAAUCGCCUAGUUCUGGCCUAUCACCUCGACCUCAGCUCAAACAUGCUUGUACAUCCGAUUUAGAAUCAAUGAUAGAGACAACCGUUCGACCUUCGAAGAAAAAGAAGCAAGACAAAACUCCAAUCGGGACUGAUUGUGACCCACUUCUUCCAUCAACCAUCAAGUCAUCUAACCACCCUCGAGUAUUAAAAAAACUAACCAAAAAAGCCCGAGCUAAAUCAACUACAAUCCAACCCCCAACUUCAUUCAUCACAUCUAUCCCACUUUCAAAACCGAAUUCUACUCUAGACUUGAAUCUUAAUAAAAGAGAAGAAAAACGAAAAUCAAGUAAAGUGGAAAGGUUUCCAUCUUUCGAUUUAGAAAAAGGGACGAUCAUCAGUUCAGUUGGUUCGGUUCAUCGGUUACCAAACCUUACGGGACUUUGGAUUAAGACUUGUUGUACUCAAGCCAGUGGAUUGAUUCCACGAGAGUUGAAUGGAUUUAAAAGUAUUCAACAGAUGAUGGUUGGUCAAAAGAAUUUGAAUGAUCGAAUGGAGAUGUGUCAGAUUAGUGAUGGGUUUAGUUUUGAAGAUCGGUUGAAGAUUAAUUCAGUUGAGAGGAUGGUAAUGGGUCAGUUUCCUUUGAGUAAGUUGAGAACUGAACAAGAAGAAUUGGCUUUGGAAAUCGAUUGAGGUUUACCAAGAAUUCGUCUUUCUCUUCUUUUUCUUUAUCUGGCUUUCGGGUUUUGAUUUCAUCAUUGAUAUACCUAACCCAGAUCUAUUCAUUUUUUCUCUUUGCUUUUUCUCGUUUUAUCUCUCUUCUCUCUCUUUGCUUCAAUUUGACGAUUCUUCUUGUAUAAAAACAUCCUCAUUGACAUCACUUCUUCUUCAUCAUCAUUUUUUUUGUUUAGUUCUUUGAAUGUAUGUAAUUCAAACACCAAAAUCAUUUAAUUUAUUUGCAAAAAAAUUGUAUACAAAAGCAAACAAAAAGUUUUUUUUCCUUCUUUUUUUUUGAUCUCUAACUACACAUUUUUUUUUUCAUAAAAGAAGCCAAAUCAUCAUCAUUAUUAACACAUUCCUUUUUUUUCUCCUUUUUUUUUUUGGGAAGUUUUUUUUUUUUUACUUUUUUUCAAAAAUAAAAAAAUCCAAAAUUGGUUGAUUUUAAUAAUUUUUAGUAAGAAAUCAAACUUUUUUUUUUACGGGUUAUUUAUGUGAAUUUAAAUGAAGUAUAACAAGUAGUUGUAGUGUAGAGAGUUUGAUUGAAUUUGGUUUUUGUCAAAAUCAAAAUGGUUUUAUUUACCAAGG